AAAUUGCAUCAAUUACUUUUUUCACCACCCAAAGUUAUUGUUAGUAACUGUCAGUUACUGUCGAGUUCCGGGAUAAGGAAGUUUACCUGUACUGGACAUGUGAUACAGGUAAUUUUAAAAUGUUUAAAUCAGUUUAUUGAAUUUAACCUUACACAGUUUACUACACUCAAGUUUAGUAUACAAUAUUGAUAUGUAUGCUUGAGUUAGGUUGUUAAUAAACUACACAGUUGCUAUGUAAUUACUGUUUUAUACAGUUCAAAAUUUAUAUCCGAAGUUAAAGUUAACAUGCUGUAAACAAAAUCAGAUAAAAGAUGACAAAACAACCAAGUGAUUCAGUAGGAGGACGUAUUUCCAGUUUAAACACUGAUCUAGACUGUUCUAGUGACUUUAGUGUAUCUGUUUACGGUGGUAAUUCAAUUCAGUCAGGUUCAGGAGGACGUAUUUCCAGUUUAAACACUGAUCUAGACAGUUCUAGUGACUUUAGUGUGUCUGUUUACAGUGGUAAUUCAAUUAAGUCAGGUUCAGAUGAACUACAGAACACUAUACUGUGUGAUGUAUGUGACAAAGGUGAAAAGCAGUGUAAGGCAGAAGGAUUCUGUGUGGACUGUCAGGAAUACCUGUGCAAGGAGUGUUGUGAUUACCAUAAGAAACUUAAAGUACUUCAAAGCCAUGUUCUGCAGGACAUAAACACAAUAUCAAAGACAACAUAUAAAGCAAAAGGCAAACGUAUUUGUGAGGAGAAAUGCUCCUCACACUCUGACAGGGUCAUUGAAUUCUUUUGUCAAUCGUGUGACCAGCUUGGCUGCACAAUUUGCAUAACUACCCAGCAUAACAAAUGUUCAAGUUUGCACCAUAUACCGGAUAUUGUUGCUGAACUAAAAGAAACUGAUGAAUAUAAAGGACUACUUGAUGCACUAAAAGAAACAGCUAUGAAAUUAGAACAGAACAAAGCCAAAUAUGAAACAAAUGUAGAGAAGAAAACAUACUAUAGAGAAAGAGCAAAAUAUGCAAUUAAAAAACACAGAGAUGAGAUGAACCAACUAUUUGACAGUUUUGAAAAACAGGUUGAAUCUGAAUUAGACUCGAUGGACAUUUACAAUGCUGACCUGCUGAAAUCAAUACUAGGCAGGCAAGAGUCUGUGACCCUUGACUUUCAGGCAAUAAACACUAGUCUUGAACAUAACACUCAAAAUAUGUGUAAACUGUUUAUUGCAAUGAAGAAGGCCAAACAAGAGUUAGAAACAGUACAAGACAAAAUAUUAACGCUAGAUGUAAACAAUCAUGUUGUCAAUUAUAAAUUUGAAGCUGAUGGCAAUUAUCAUGAACUAAUGGAGAGAAUCAAACAUUCCGGGAAAAUUCAGCUAGUUCAUUCAUCAUUGAAGAAAGAGGAAGCUCAGAGGGAAGAAGUGAAUAUAAAAUCAGAUGAUGAUAAAGUAAGUGGAACAAUAUCUGGACUUUGUUUGCUUACCGAAGAUAAGCUUGUCUUAACUGAUGUAAGAAAUGAAGCUGUAAAAGUGAUAGAAGUGAAAGGAGAAUUGGUUCUCUCAACUCUUACUAUGUCAUCUAAGCCAUGGGAUGUGGCUAGGAUAGAGGAAGAUAAAAUCGCAGUGACACUUCCAGAAGAUAAGAAAAUAAAGUUUCUAUCAGUUAACCAGGCUAUAUCAGAAGAGAAAGAAAUAGAUGUAUGUGGUUCUUGUCGAGGCAUAGCUUAUGGCAGUGGUCAACUGAUUGUAUCCUUCGACAAGCCAGAAAGCAAAGUUCAAAUCCUAGAUGAAACUGGUCAGGUGACCAAAAUUUUUGAAAAAGAUACAUUUGGGAACCAAUUAUUCAGCAAGCCCUGGUACCUAGGUCUAAGUCCAGAUGGGUUCACAAUUUAUGUGUCAGAUAACAGUGAGAACACUGUAACCAGUCUGAAUUUGGAAGGAAAGGUCAAGGGUAUCUACAAGGACAAAGAUUUGAAAAAACCUGUUGGAGUAACUGUAGAUGCUGCUGGAACAGUGUAUGUUGUUGGUUCAAGUAUGUAUUCAAGCAAUAUACAUCAGCUCUCUGAAAAUCUCAUGAACGUCAACGUUCUUGGGGAUUUAGGUCACGGAAUAAUCUGCCCAAGAAGUGCAGUGUUUAAUAAUAGGGAACAAAAGCUAUAUGUUGGCAUGGAAUUUUCUGACAAAAUACUUGUUCUUUCAAUGAAGUCUGCCUGAAAAGUAUGAAGCCAUGGAAUAACAGUACCAAAGGUGAACUGUUGUAAAAUGAAAACUGGAACUGAUGUGUGACAUUAAGAAAUGAUGUCAUUCUUUUUUAGAUAUUUUAGUUUCCAUAGAUUUUAUUUUUCAACCAAGUUACAUCAAUCAAUAUUUAUCCAGUAAGGGGUAACUAACGUGUGGAAUUCAUUGCCUUCAAGAAUCCUGUUUACAGGUUGCUUCUCUAGAGAGGUCAAUAUACCAGUACUGAUUGUAGCUGAGUGCAAGACAAAACCUCUCAGUGACAAAUAAGUGGAUUAACCCCCUCCCGUGAAAAUUUCUGCUUUCUGCAUUUUAAAAUAUUUUCAAGGACAACAAGUAAAUUUUAUAUCAAAAAUAAUUGCUGUUGCUAAAAUAUUAAAAGAAACCAUAAAUUCUU